UGGGACAGCAUGUCAGAGUUGCACCAGGCAGCCGCGGCAAGGGAUUUCGAUCAGGUGCGGGAGAUUCUGAGGCGUAAGAAAUGUGACCCCAAUCAGCGAGACGUGGACUGGGGCAAUAAGACGCCUCUGCACUGGGCUGCGGCUAAAGGAGAUGUGGAAACGGCAAGGCUUCUUAUCGAGCAUGGAGCACGGCCCUGCCUGAGGACUGAGCUGGGCAGGACCGCAGCGCACUUUGCAGCCGAGGUUGGUUCCCUGGCAGUCCUGCGGCUCCUGCACUCCUUCCACGCCCCCCUGGACAAGGAGGAUGCUGGUGGUGACAAACCAGCCCGUAUCGCCCAAAUGUAUGGACACCGUGAGUGUGUCACAUUCCUCAAAACGGCAGAGGCAGAGGGGCAGGCGUACCGCAAAACAAUGGCUGAUAAAGGGCUCUCAGUGGAUGAUGUUGAUGAGGAGUGGGAAGAACAAUGCAAAAAUACCAUGGCAUGAUUCAUUUAAAUAGGUGCAAACCUCCACCU